UCGAAGUAACAACACACGCUCUGAAUGGCUAUCCAGACUCCCACGAGGGGUCGAAUGCAAACGAUUUGCGAAAGGGUUUAUUGUUUCUUUGCUUUCGGAGCCGAAAUUGUUUGCUACCUACUCAGUUCCACAAUCAAAUAACGAGACGGAAAAAUGGCUGGUGGCAAGGCAGGAAAGGACAGCGGCAAAGCCAAGGCAAAAGCAGUGUCGCGCUCCCAGAGGGCUGGGCUCCAGUUUCCAGUGGGUCGUAUCCACAGGCACUUGAAGACUCGCACAACCAGCCACGGUCGUGUAGGAGCCACAGCAGCUGUGUACAGUGCUGCUAUCCUUGAGUACCUCACUGCUGAAGUACUAGAGUUGGCGGGCAACGCCUCCAAAGACUUGAAGGUGAAGCGCAUCACUCCCCGUCACUUGCAGCUGGCCAUCCGUGGUGAUGAGGAGUUGGACUCUCUGAUCAAGGCAACAAUUGCUGGAGGAGGUGUCAUUCCCCACAUCCACAAAUCCCUCAUUGGGAAGAAGGGUCAGCAGAAGACUGCAUAGAUACCAUGUCGACCAGAAAUAUCGGGGCUUUGAUUGGACCAGGAGUUCACAUUUGUUCUUUUUUUAUUAUUAUAGCAAAAGAAGAGUGAUUGUUAGGCUUUGUGUUGUAAUAUUUUCCCAUAACUAGAAAAAAGUACAGAAAAUCCCUUAACAACAAAAACCCUUUGUAUGUUAUAGUAGAACGUUUGACUGGGGAGUUCUUGAUUAUUUCAAAUGGUGACAGUGAAUUUGUUUGAUUGGCCUGGGACUCUGUAAUGUUUUGUACUGAAAAGAAAUUGUUAAAACCAUUUUUUAUAUAAAAAAACUUGUUUUGUGGUUAUUUUUCUUGAAGUUACAAUAUUUACUAUAAUACAAAAUUUUAAGGAGAUAAUGUUUUGGACAGCAAACUGGGUAACAGCUAAUGUGAGAUGGUGCUUUUUUUUCCUUUUGACUUACUGCAAUAUUUUGAACUGCACAAGGAUAGUGAUGUAUUAAAAGUUGAAUUUUUUUUUUUUUUUGUACGUCAAAAUGAAAAGUCGUUAAAAAGAAGUUAUUACAACCUUCUGCUACAGUGCUUUGUGUUUGUUAAUAGCAGUUCAACAAUGUAUUAAAUGUAAGAGUGAUCCUCUGCUGCUGUGAUCAGACACUGAUCCUGCAGUUUUUGCCUCACUGUGGAGCCGUCUGUUAACUACAUAUCACUACUAUAUCGUUUGUACCCUGAUAUUUGGAGAAGAUCAGUUAAUGAUUGAAAAUCUGACCGAUCUGAACCACAUUGGUGCUUUUAAAAUGUACCCACAAUUUCUAAAUGUAUGAACAAACUGAAUUGACCUUAAGUCAAUUUCAAGUGAAGAAGUCAGAGCCUUUUUAAAAAGCUAUGUGUUCAGGGAAAUUACUUUGCGUAUUUUAUCUUUGAAUAAAUACCCAUUGCAUGUUG